ACCACUUCCGAACAAAACUAUAAUAAACUUCUCAAAUUGAAUCCCUCCCAAUUCCUUCCCAAAUUCUAACGCUUUCUUGCUCUCUUUGUCCGCCAUGGAUUCGAAUCCUCUCAAGCUCCUUGCUUUCCUUGCAAUCCUUCUCCCUUGUCUCGUCUUCGUUCUCUUCGCUUCUCCGGAUUUGCUUCAAUGGGAUCGGCCUUGGAGGACCCCCAUGCGCGCUGAGGACCUCCUGCCCUUGCUCCCCAGGCGUGUCUCCUUGCCAAUCUUGCGCUCCCUCCACAGCGCUGUAGAUCUUCUGCCGACUUUCGUGGCGUCGCCGUCGUCGUUGAACGUCUCUGAGAACUGGAAAGGCGCCUGCUUUUCUAAUAAUAGGGCUUGGCUGGAGCUGCAUAAUAAGACGGGUUCCAAGUUUGGUGGUGGGACUCUUCAUAUUAAGGUUAGUGAUGCUCAUAGUUGGACAUGUAUGGACCUCUAUGUAUUUGCCACUCCAUUCCGGUUGACAUGGGAUUACUAUUUUUUGGCUCGAGAGCAUACUCUAGAGUUUGAUGAGUGGGAAUCUGAAGCAGAGCUUCAACAUGUGAAACACAAGGGUGUGUCAAUCUUUCUCAUGAAAUCGGGGAUGCUUGGAACCCUUCAAGCUCUGUGGGAUGUUUUCCCUUUAUUUACAAACACUGGAUGGGGUGAGAAUGCAAAUCUUGCUUUUCUCAAGAAGCAUAUGGGGGCUUCAUUUGCAGAGCGGCCCAAACCAUGGGUUUCAAAUAUUAGUGUUGAUGACAUUCAUUCUGGAGACUUUUUGGCUCUGUCAAAAAUUCGUGGACGUUGGGGCGGUUUUGAAACUUUAGAGAAGUGGGUUACCGGAGCAUAUGCUGGUCAUACUGCAGUUUGUUUGAAAGAUUCUGAAGGAAAACUUUGGGUUGCAGAAUCUGGAAAUGAAAAUGACAAGGGAGAAGAUAUAAUUGCUCUUUUGCCGUGGGAAGAGUGGUGGGAUUUUGAGCUGAAUAAGGAUGAUUCAAAUCCUCAGAUUGCAUUGCUUCCCCUUCAUCCAGCCAUCAGGGCCAAAUUCAAUACAACUGCAGCUUGGGAAUAUGCAAAAAGCAUGUCAGGGAAGCCUUAUGGUUAUCAUAACAUGAUAUUCAGUUGGAUAGAUACUAUAAAAGGAAACUACCCGCCACCCUUGGAUGCGCAUGUGGUUGCUUCAGUCAUGACUAUGUGGAAUAACGUUCAGCCAGACUAUGCUGCGAACAUGUGGAAUGAAGCCUUGAAUAAACGAUUAGAGACUAAGGAUCUUAGUCUGCCUGAAAUCAUAGUUGAAUCAGAAAAGCGUGGUUUGUCCUUUGAUGAACUGCUCACCAUUCCUGAGCAGGAUGAUUGGAUUUAUUCGGAUGGGAAAUCGACCUCUUGUGUUGCCUUCAUUCUGGAAAUGUACAAACAAGCCGGCCUUUUUGAUCCAAUUGCUAGCUCUAUACAAGUUACUGAGUUCACUAUAAAGGACGCAUAUGUUCUCAAGUUUUUCGAGAACAUCACAAGCCGGUUACCUGAAUGGUGCAACAAAGAAGAUGAUGUCAAGCUUCCAUUCUGCCAAAUUAAGGGGAAGUACCGAAUGGAACUGCCGGAUUACAAUAGCAUGGAACCUUACCCGCACAUGAACGAAAAAUGCCCGUCGCUGCCUCCAAAAUACUUCAGGUCAAGUAAUUGCUGAUCAGCAGUUUAUCUUCUUUUUUUUUUUUGCAGUAGCUGCAAGCACAGUGUAUAUAUAUGAAACACUUGGAUAAAACAUGUAGUUAUGAAUUGUCUAGCAAGUGUAGCAUAUUAAGUACAAAGAACAAACAAGAAUGUAAAUUCGGAAAAUAAUGUUUACAUACAUUGUUUUUGUUUGUUUC